GUGUCCGCUGCGGGCUGCCGUACAAUCCGAGAGGUUUCGCGUGACGCAGGGGCGCUGAACGGACAGCAGAAUCUCAUACAGGCAAGAUGGCGACAUCGGAGCCGCGAGGAACUGAAAGUGAAGAAGCUUCAAAUGAUAGUCCGACACCGGCUGUUGCAAGUCCUGAACAGUACAUUAAGCACCCUUUGCAAAACAGAUGGGCUCUUUGGUAUUUCAAAAAUGACAAGAGCAAAAGCUGGACAGAAAACCUGCGACUGAUCUCCAAGUUUGACACAGUGGAAGACUUCUGGGCAUUAUACAACCAUAUACAACAACCCAGUAAACUUGGAUUUGGAUGUGAUUACUGCCUAUUUAAGGAUGGCAUUAAGCCCAUGUGGGAAGAUGACAGGAAUAAACUUGGAGGAAGAUGGUUAAUGACCCUCAGUAAACAGCAGCGACACAAUGACCUUGACCGCUACUGGAUGGAGACGCUGUUGUGUUUAAUUGGUGAAUCUUUUGAUGAGGCCAGCGAUGACGUAUGUGGAGCUGUGGUCAACGUUCGUCCAAAGGGGGAUAAAAUAGCCAUCUGGACAGGAAACUGUCAAAAUAGAGAAGCUAUCAUGACGAUAGGGCAACAAUACAAAGAACGCUUGAGCCUCCCUAUCAAAAUGGUUAUUGGAUACCAGUCCCAUGAUGACACCUCUAGCAAAAGUGGCUCUACGACAAAGAACAUGUACUCAGUUUGAAGAAGACUUUCAACUUGUAGGUUUAUAAAAUUACAAAUUUGCAACACAUUAAUACUUUUGAGUUGUCAACUACUGUAGUGUCCUUCCUUUUUAAGAAAAAAAAGAAAGAAAAAUGUUAAAUAUGUAAAUGUGUAGUACUCUCCAUCCUAAAUGAUCAGUGCUGAUGGUGAGGAUCAAGGAAUGUCUAAUGGUUUAGACCUGCGAGAGGGGGGACUGUCAGCUGAAGCUUUACGAAUCAAGCUAGAUGACAAUAUUUUAGGCAUCAAAAGUUAAACUAACAAAUAAAACUUCCCUAGAGGUUCUAAGGCUUAGAUUGAAGACACCUUUCUUUCCUUUAACCUUUCAUUUUUUCUCCUUCUUCUUGUUAGGUGUCUCCACACAAAAUGUUGACAACUUAAUUCACACACAUUUUUAGGGCCACAACUAUUUUAACAUGCUUUGGUUGGAGGUGUUCGGCAUGAGCAGUGAUUGCAGAGAUGCCUGCAGAUUGAAUAUCUUAAAGGUUUGUAACAGAUUAGAUUUGGUUGCUCUCCAGAUUUAGAAUUUGGAGGAGUGGCCAUUUAUUGUUUCGGCUAUGCUGAAAUUGUGAUAUCUUGCUUGUUAGACCUAUUUUCAACUUGUGUUAGCCCCACAUCUAUUUAUGAUAUGCAUUGCAGUUGAACUGAGAGGAUGACUGAAAAAUCAAGUUCUUGUUUUCAUUAAUUUUCCUUCCUCUAAUUCUUUUUUUGAAGUUGUUAGCAAUGUGGACUACUGCUUAAUAUAGAACAUUUUUUACAGUGUGUUAUACAGUAAAUUCCUAUACAUCCAUGCUUUCUAGGUGUGCUUUUCACCUUUCCCCUCCUAACAACAUUGUAUACAUUUUCUAGUUUGCACCACUUCUGUGAGUGACUUCAAAUGGAGAGAGGAUAUUCAUUGUGAAUUUAUUUUGCUCAUAAUGUAUCUAUCUGUAAUUUUCAGGAUGUAUAUUACCUUCUUUUGAGUAAAGGUUAAGUGCUUUGCAUUAACAACAGGAUGAUCUGUGCUGUUUCUUAAGUCUCAGUACACACAGUACUAAUGAAAUGACAUGAAGUUUACAUUAGUUACCUUUUGGCACUGGUAUAAUCGUCGUUUCUAACAGCUGAAUUUGCCCUUCCUCCUUUUUUUUUUUUUUUUUGUAAAGAAAGUACAAAUGUAACCGUCGCUGUUGUGAAAUUAGCCCCUGAGGUCAGUAUACCACACCCAUUAUCCUGUUUUCAGACACUUGAGUGGCUUAAAAUGAACACUUGCAGUCAUUUCCUUGCCGUGUGUCACAGGUACAAACCUGGUUGUCAGUAUGCAAAUGUCACUGUGUGAAUACAGGUAGUAGACUCAAUAAAAAUAAUCCUACAGUCUA